ACGCCGGAUUUGGGCUUUUAGCAGAACGACUCCAUACAAAGAAAAUCUUCCAAUUACACCCAACUCGUCCAGAGCCCGUUAUCGAGCAUCAGCAAGAAGAAGAACAAAGGACUAGGGUACAAGCCUCUUCGCUCUCAUAAUUAACACAAUACCUAACUCAGCUAUUUCUUUGCUUAAUUCUCCUGGUUGGGUCAAUUUAAAGGUCAGAGCUUUGCUGGGUUGUCGAUAGUUUGGUUUUGAGCGCAAAGUGAAAAAUUCCCAUCGAAGUGUUGGAGUAUAAUUCUAGUUACCAGCUUGAAUUAAGGUUUUACGGUUUAAUUUAAUAUAUUUUGUUUUAUCGGGGGUACUUCACUUGUUUGAUAUCUAGAAAAAAUUAGAAACUUUUGAGCUGUCAAUGGAAUUCAGAAUGGGAUUGCAAUUCCCAUUUUAAGGGUUGGAUUUUUCUGGGAUUUUAUUUCUGGGUUUUAGGGUUUUGGUGGGAAAUUGUUUAUGGGUUUGUAUUUUUUAAUAACAGAUUUUGGUGUGUGAGCUUAUGUAAAGAUUGGAUUUUGAUAGUUUUGGAUUGUUGUUAAGAGUAAUAUAUUAGGUAGUUCUGAUAGUGAUAGGGAUAGUAAUAUAAAGCUAUGUCUGUCAAUAAUAAUAAUAACAAUCCACCGCCAAUGAGUCUAGGGCAAUCUUCUUCGCCAUUUGGGAAUGCUGGGAUGGUUAAUCCUUCGGCGCCUAUUAACCCAGCAUUCUCGCAGUCACAGUCUCAGGCACAAAUGGGCACUGGCUUUCAGAGUCAGUUUCAGCUAUCUCAAGCACAAGCCACUGCUCAGGCUCAGUUGAAAGCACAGCAGGUCCAUGCACAGGCUCAGGCUCAGGCACAGGCACAGGCACAGGCACAAGCAGCUCAUUUACAAGCACGGGCUCAAGCAGCUCAUGUUGCGCAAGUUCAAUCAGCUCAAGCACAAUUCCAAGCACACUUACAAGGACUCUCUCUUAGUCAAGCUCAGAAUGCUGGCAUAGCCAAUUUAGGAUCAUCUUCACCUUCAUUUACAACUCCUGGUAGUAUGAAUGCCAAACGGCUGCCCCAAAAGCCCCCAGUUAGGCCCCCGGGUGUUCCCAUGGCUAACAUGAUUUCCCCAUUGAAAAAUAUGGAUCUUACUCCUGCAGCUCGUAGGAAGAAGCAGAAGCUCCCAGAGAAGCAGCUACAAGAUAGAGUUGCAGCAAUUUUGCCCGAGUCAGCACUCUACACACAGCUGCUUGAGUUUGAGGCUCGUGUUGAUGCUGCUUUAAAUAGAAAGAAGGUUGAUAUCCAGGAGGCGCUUAAAAGCCCUCCUUGUACUCAGAAAACACUUCGGAUUUAUGUGUUUAACACAUUUGCCAAUCAGAUCAGAACAAUUCCUAAGAAGCCGAAUGCUGAUCCCCCAACUUGGACUUUGAAGAUUGUUGGGAGAAUAUUGGAAGAUGGGAUAGAUCCUGACCAGCCUGGAGUGGUUCAGAAAUCAAAUCCCUUGUAUCCAAAGUUUUCAUCUUUUUUCAAGAGAGUGACUAUUAUGUUGGAUCAGAGAUUAUAUCCUGAUAAUCAUAUGAUUGUAUGGGAGCAUUCUCGAACACCUGCACCACAUGAGGGUUUUGAAGUGAAGAGAAAGGGAGAUAAAGAGUUCACUGUAACUAUAAGAUUGGAAAUGAACUAUGUGCCUGAGAAAUAUAAGCUCUCUCCUGCUCUGAUGGAAGUUCUAGGUAUCGAGGUUGACACCCGUCCAAGAAUAAUAGCUGCAAUCUGGCAUUAUGUGAAGGCUAGGAAACUUCAGAACCCUGAGGACCCUUCCUUCUUCAAUUGUGAUCCACCUCUUCAUAAAGUAUUUGGGGAAGCAAAGAUGAAGUUCACUAUGGUUUCACAGAAGAUAUCUCAGCAUUUAUCUUCACCUCAGCCAAUAGUUUUGGAGCAUAAGAUAAAGCUUUCAGGGAAUAGUCCAGCUGGAACUGCAUGCUAUGAUGUGGUGGUGGAUGUCCCUUUUCCAAUCCAGAGGGAGUUGUCUACUUUGUUGGCCAAUGCAGAGAAGAACAAAGAGAUUGAUACCUGCGAUGAAGCAAUAUGUUCAGCUAUAAGGAAAAUUCACGAACAUCGUAGGAGGCGGGCAUUCUUUCUUGGCUUCAGUCAAUCACCUGUUGAAUUUAUUAAUGCUCUGAUUGAAUCUCAAAGCAGGGAUUUGAAGCUUGUAGCUGGAGAAGGUAGUCGAAGUGCUGAGAAAGAGCGCCGUGCAGAUUUCUUCAACCAACCAUGGGUUGAAGAUGCUGUUAUCCGCUACUUGAAUCGUAAGCCAACUGCUGGAAGUGAUGCUCCUGGAAGCACGUGAGUUGGAAGUUAUUUAACUGCUGAUCUGCUAGGCUGUUUGUCGUCAAUUCUUUCAAUUAGCAUCUGUAUAUUUUCAGCCUCGCAUUUGUGGAAGUGUGACAAUGUAUGAUCAUUUCCAUUGAUGAUGGCCAUGGGAGGAAUAACUCCUUUCUUGUAAAACAACAAAAUAUGCUUUGUAGCUUGUGUAGGCAUAGGUGUCCUCAUACUUGUUAUGCUAGUGAAAAGAAUUGGCUCAA